AUGGUUGCUAGGAUUGCCGUCGUUACCGGCGGGAACAAGGGGAUCGGCUUCGAGGUGUGCCGGCAACUAGCUAGCCAUGGAGGAGUCACGGUCAUUCUGACGGCUCGGGACGAGACCAGGGGCACGGAGGCGGCCGAGAGGCUCAGAGCGCCGGGGCUCACCGACACCGACGUCGUCUUCCACCGGCUGGACAUCACGGACGCUUCGAGCAUCGCCACGCUAGCCGAUUUCGUCAAGACCCGUUUCGGGAAGCUGGACAUCCUGGUCAAUAAUGCCGGCGUUGGCGGGGUUGAGUACCCCCAAGAACUCGAUACCAACGACGAAAAGUUCGCUGGCCUCGACUCCAAUCAGAGACUUGAAUGGAUGGUGAAGAAUGUCCGGGAGGCCAUCGACGCCGCAAGGGGAGCAGUGGAGACAAACUACUACGGCACCAAGCAUGUAACCCAGGCCCUGCUGCCUCUGCUGCUGCAAUCUUCCUCCCAGGGAAGAAUAGUGAAUGUCCCCUCCGAAUAUGGACUGCUAAGGGUAACUUAA